AUGUCUAAUCGGGAUGGGCUUCAUCCGUUCUUCCGGUCUUUGCUCAGCCCGGAUCCUGUUCCAUCGAGAGGUACCCCGAGAGUUAUCUACGACAGAAGUAUGCGGACGCCCACAUCUGAGCCCAUCUAUAAUCCGUGGUCUGAUGUAAGUCGGGGAGCAGAUCAGCGGGAACCCGAACCGAGUGUGGUCAUUCAGAUAACAGCCGGAUUCGACAGACAGUCCAGAUUUAUGCAACAAAUGACGUCGAGUGAAAGGACCAGCAGGAGGGUCCUUCCGCCGCCGCCACGGUCCAGACAAAGCCAAUUGAUAAGGGUGCAGCCUCCGGUUAACUAGUUCUUGAACUGUCCACCUCGUGAUUUCAGAAUUCCCUUCUGAACCCACUCUUCCCUUUGGACCCUCCUUCUCCGAUUGAAUCGGAGCAAGUGACUCCAGCCCAUUCGCCCCGCAACUCGCCAUCUCCUUCCCGAUCUCCGGUUCGGAAUCUUAAACAUUACAAUCCGAUUCCUCCACCGAACUCGCCAGUUGAAGGAGUUCCGAAGAAUCAGAGUAGGAGGUGUGAGGACGCUAUUAACAUGGGAUUCGGGUUUGCUGAGUCGUGGAUCGACACGUUAAAACCGUCGAGAGCAGAGGCUGAGGAGAGAAUCGAGUUGCCGAUGAUCUACUGGCCCGUCAAGCGGAAAACGUUGGUUAUGCUGGUUGCCCAUAAGAAUGUGGAUGAGACUCUUUUCCACAAUAUCGAAGUGCCAUUUGUGACUGAGGUACCUAACAGCUUUGCUCUUUCUUUCGUGAAUCCAAUGUAUUCAGAAGAAAAUGAAAGAAGCGCUCUCCGAGAAGUUCAAACUGAUUGUUCCGGUCCAUCGGAUCAGACUGAGGAUCUCCGAAGUGGCCGAAGUUCCGCUGACACAGGACAUGAUCGACCGAUUCGAGCCCGUCGAAUACUUCCGAUUAAACACCACUUGCCCCAACAAAUGGCUCCUCCAUCAAAUUGUCAAUUAUCGUUUGUACAGAACUUGA